AUGCAGAUGCAAAGCGGAUGUAUGGCCUGCGGUUUAAUGUUCAGAAGAAGCUUGCGGGCUUCGUUUCCGUAAACAUUAAUGAUACUAGGCGUAUAGCGAAAGUUGCGCAGGCGUACUGGAAUGCAGACUUGACAUCGCAAAGCAGUGCUGCAACAUCCAUCGAUUCGGUGCACGGAGAUUAUCCAUCUGCAUUUUUGCAAGACUGGUGGGACCUGUACAUAUUAAUCCAUCACAACUGUGCAAUCAGAACAACCAUGUCCAUGGGAAGUGACUUUGGAAAUCCUUUACGGAAAUUCAAACUUGUUUUUUUAGGGGAGCAAAGCGUUGGAAAGACAUCAUUGAUAACGCGAUUUAUGUAUGACAGCUUUGACAACACUUACCAGGCAACUAUUGGGAUUGACUUUUUAUCAAAAACCAUGUAUCUGGAGGAUCGAACUGUAAGGUUACAGCUGUGGGACACUGCAGGUCAAGAACGUUUCAGGAGUCUCAUCCCCAGCUAUAUCCGAGAUUCCACAGUGGCUGUGGUUGUGUAUGAUAUCACAAAUGUGAACUCCUUUCAACUGACCUCGAAGUGGAUUGAUGAUGUCCGGACAGAGAGGGGGAGUGAUGUUAUCAUUAUGCUAGUGGGCAACAAAACAGACUUGGAGGAGAAGAGGCAAAUCACAAUUGAGGAAGGUGAGCAGAGGGCCAAAGAGCUGAACGUGAUGUUCAUUGAGACUAGUGCUAAAACAGGCAGCAACGUGAAGCAGCUGUUCAGGCGAGUGGCUGCUGCUCUUCCUGGGAUGGAGAGCCUGGAUGACACUAACAAAGAGGGUAUGAUUGACAUCAAGUUAGACAAACCACAGGAUCCUCCUGCCACUGAAAGUGGAUGCUCCUGUUAGUACAGCGCCCCCUCAUGGACACAUACACAAGCUGCUUGUUUUGUUGCUUCCCAUGGGUCAGCAUCCAGUUGAACGUAAUGAUUGGCAUUUAGGCUUUUUCCUUCAAACUGAGCACACUAAAAGUUAUUAAAUCUUUCAAAUCUAAAAGAAAAUUGCAUCAACAUUGUCAGUACAAUACAACCCCCCCCCCCAAAAAAAAAAACAAAAAAAACAAGACAAACUCAUAAAUUCAAAAUAAAGGCAAGACAAUAAAUUAGUAAAUUAAGGAAUAAAAUUACAUAGUACAAUUUUUGGACAAAAUGUUAAGAGUUUUGAGAAGCUUUAUGUUUCAUUAUGUUUUGUAUUUUUCUACAUGAAGUGAGGUGUUUGAUGAUACCUUCACAGAUGUAAUGAGAAUUAGGAGAGGCAUUAGUCAUCCUUCCUUCUUCUUCUCCAUGCAUGUAAUCCCAGGUGUGGAGUCAGCUGCAUCUUCAAACUCCCCCAUGCAUCUUUAGUAAUUAAAUAAAGACCUCAGAGUUCAUGAAAGAAAUAGAAAUGACCCCCUGCUCAGACCCCCAGCGUAGACCUGCGUCGGCCUGUCCGCUCAGUGCCUGAUGCGGUACACAGAAAGCUGAGACAGUGCUGCAAAUUCCAGUGAAGCCUGACGUACGCUUUUGCACCUGUGAUUAGUGGCAUGAUCAUUGUCUGGAGUAUGUCACAUGCCUUCAGUGAUCAUACACUCCCAUCUUCUCACUGGCCCCCCCUACCUUGACUGCUCACACACUCACAGCCCCACAAAUCAGCUUUGCAUGUUUCAUCCGCUUUAGUAAUUUGAGCCUCUUGUGUAACAUCCACAGUCCAAUUUUAAGGAAGUACUGAUUUAAAAAGACCCAACACGUUUUCAGUAGCUCCAUGUACACACUUUAAGAUCUGCCAUGCUGUACUGUAUUGUAUAUAGUAUUUAUAUUAUCAUGAACAUUCAUCCAUUAGAUGUGAUUUGUGUUCACCAGUAUGAGUUACUUUUCAAUAAGAUAAGGGCUUCACUACAUUUUGCCCUCUCCCACCUGGAGUUGUUCUAUAGUUGCCUAGUAAAGGGGUCUGUACGAUUUGGUGAUUUGUUGGUGUUGCCUUAUAUGGUCCAACAGAUCCAUCAAUGUCAUUUUUUGUUUGUUGAUUUUUUUGGGGGAGGGAUAGUUCUGAAGGAAGAAGAUAGAACAGGUUUAUUUAUUUACAUAUAGAACAGGUGGUGCUUGUGUUAGAGUGAUGAAAUAUCAUGAGGGCUAUAGUGAGGAAGAAUAGGUUUUUAGGUUUGGCACAGGAGAAAAAAAAAAUUAAAUGCGCUUCUCGUUGGCUUCUUAAUGGCCAGUGACCCUGGUUCAAUUUGAACUUCAAUGAUACACACUUUGUUUCAGUGUCUUGCAGGAAAUGUACCAUUGUGCACAUCCUAAAAUGAUGAAGUAUGAUGAUUGUAGCCACACUCCCCUUUUAAUCAUGUGGUACAGUGUGUUUUUGCGUCUUUUGAGCACAUUUUGCAGACGUGUGUAGAGUGUUAAAAAACAUGUGCAACCAUUUGCCUGGGAAACCACAGUCCUUGUUACCAUGGAGAAUGCUAUGUGUGUGGGUAACUGUCCUCAAAGCCAGAGAGCAGGUACUGAACAGGAUAGAGCAGAGAGAAUGUACAGAAAUGUGGCUGAAGUCUGCUCUAUAAGAUUCAGGUCAUUGCACCAAUACGUUAAAGGAAUAUGAACUGUUUACCUAUCAGAGUAGUAAUAGUAUAUUUAAUUAAUAUUUCAAGAUAAUGUUGUCUUAUUUGAAUUUUUUCUGUUUGUUUACAUGAAUGCACUGACACCACUGUGUAUAGAGAUUCGUAAAUUAAUUUAGGCUGGUUUUAGCCCUUGUUUGUCAGGUCAUUUCUAAUGCCAGUAAUUCUUCCACUAAAUAAGAUGUCAGAGUAGAAAAAUGACCUUUAUUUUGAUGGUCAUCAGGAAGAAAUAAGACAGAAUUACUGGGAACCUUCAAUCCUGUAAUUAUUAAUACCAGAUUAUGCUGACAGGUGAAGAAGCCAUUGGGGUAAAUAGGUUUUAGAAUUAUGUAUCACAUAAUAGGGUAUCUCUCCCAUUUCACAUUGUCAUAUUUAACCUGUACUUUCCUCUAACAUUUUUACUUUAUUACCUUCCACUUUUGUGACACUAGUGUGCCUUCUGUUAUUCUAACACCAAAAUGCAAAGCUCUCAUUGUAAGGCGACUUAAGAACAGCUAUGUCAUGAGUGGUUGUCAUUUCCGAAAUGAGUGACCUGGCAUUCGAUGGAUUAAUGAUGUUCAUGUGAUGAAAUAAUUCCUUUAAUGACAUCCCUGUACUCACACAAUCCAUCAGCAAGGCCGAGAGGCAUUGCAGGUCUGUUCCAUGUGAGAGGAUGGUGUUUGCAUGUGUGAUAGGGGCCCUGCGGUGCCGUCGCAUGCACAGAGCACCAUGGGAUUGUUGCCAUGGGGUUGAGCAGAGCAGUGCAGUUGGCUCUCUAUUCAUUCUGUAAGGACAUUUAUGAGCAUGACAUCUGUCUGAAAAGAUCAAUAAACUCUAUGUGUUAAUACCA